GAUCAUUCCGCCCGAGUCAGAGGAACAGCCGAUGAUGUUAAGACACGCAUCGAGCGUAGGCGGAGGCAGCAAGCGGGCGCUGCGCGAACCCAUCAUCUGUGAGUGGUGUGGGGAGUUGGAGCCGCCAACGCAUCCGAAGCAGUGCAAGCUCCGACUGGUGGAAUGCAAGCAUUGCAAGCAGACCAUGCAGCUGGGAUCGCUUCGGCUCCACUUCAAGGGUUGUGCCGCGCGGCCUAUCGUGCCACCCAAGAACAUCAAGGGAGGCUCAGGCUUUCUGACGCUGCAUCGCCUACAAUCGAAUGCUCAGCAGCUGUCCCGGCAGCUGCAUGAUAUACUGGGGCGGUUCGUGGGGAAACUUCCACCGCCACCUGAGCAGGUGUCCCUCUUCAUGAUGGACUUGGAUUCAAAAUUGGAGGUCUUUGCUGAGGAGAUCAACACCUUGCGCACGGGCUUCGAGUGCUUGGACCGCCGGGAUCGCCAGAUUGUGAAGCAAAGACUUCAAGAGGCGCAAAUGCAUUUGUACUACUUGCAUUCUCGCAUUUUGAUGGCCGAGAAGAUGUUGCUGGCUGUGGAAUCCUCCUUGAAGGUGGGGGAACGCAGUCGCAUGCGCUGCGGGGUGUCACGGCUACAGAGCUCGGGGCAACAGAUCCAUCGACAGCUGGAUGAGAUCACCCAGGAGGUGACUGGGAGCGGAACGCCACUGGAACGCCAUGGGAUUUUCCAGGCUGUGAAGUUCGAGAUUGGCGACCCGCGCAUCAACAAGCGUUAUGCCCCUGCGACCCUGGAAGAGCAACUGGAAGCGAUGAAGGAAGAGGCCACCGCUUUGGAACGCUUGCAGGAGACGCGGCUCGCGCAAGGUUUGGCUCCUGAGUUAAAGGCACUCACGGAGUUGCAAGGGCGUUUGAACUUCUUUAUGGAGUUGCUCAUUUGCGUCACCGAGGCGGUCUCCAAGAACGACCAGGUGGCCAGCCUGGCGAGCCUGGCGCGGCGUCGCCCGCCCGGUGCGACCAACAGCGCGGUGGAAGAACGGCGACCCUUGGGGAUCCUCAGCGAGGCACAGAUGGAGCUGGCAGAAUCAUCUCCUUUGCCACCAGAUCGGGGUCCUGCUGGUAUGGGCUUGCGGGAGGUGCCGUUGGACCAACUUCGUGCGGAGAUAGCGCAGGAGCGGCAGCGCUACAUCGCCUUCCACUUGCUCCGGCAACACACCGAACACCCGCGUGAAAGGCUUUGGCUGGGCUUUGCGGAGAGGAGUGUAGCUGGUGUGGCAGUCUGGGCCAGGGAAGCCACCAUUCUCCUGCUCAGCUCCUGUGCGGGUCUGGUGGACGACGGACAAGACGAGCCAGAGACAGCUCACGGGACACCUCGUGCGAGGCUCUCGCAGUUCCUAAGUGCCAGGCUGUCAUGCCCAAUCUUCAAAGAGGUGGAGCACCAGCGAGGUUUCCUGCAUCGAUUGGAUGUGCCCACCUCGGGACUGAUCCUGGUGGCAAAGACCCACGAAGCUUAUUACGACUUGCAGCUUCAAGUUGCUGCAGGGCAGGUCGCACGAGAGUAUGUGGUUCUGAGCCAUGGCUGCUUAACAGGACUUCGGCACAUCACUGCGCGCUUGCACUGGGGACACUUUGGCCAAGAUGUGCCCAGUGUGGUGCGGUCAUAUGGGAAGCCGUCUCGGACCAGGGUAAAGGCCAUGUCGAGUCUGGCAGCGAGUCGUAGCUUCUCCCUUUUGGCUGUGGCCAUCGACACGGGCCGAAGGCAUCAAAUUCGUGUCCACAUGGCUCAUAUUGGGCAUGCGGUGGUGAGCGAUGGCAAGUACACCUGUCUUGUAACUGCUGUGGAGGACCUUCGCUGGUGUCCAUCCACAUUUCUGCAUCGCUAUCGACUCAGCUUCCAUGGAAGGAAGCAUCCAAGCUCACCAGAUGAGGUGCAUGAGGCGCUUCAGGAGUUGCCCGUGGCACUGCAAGAGGCACUCACUAGGCAGUCACGCUUCGGAGCCCGCAUCGUGGAGGAUCCGCUGCGAUCUUUGACGCCCAAGAGCGCCCGGGGCACCCAAGAUGAAGACGUAUCAGAACAAAGGGUAUUGGACUGGUGCGAGGCGCUUCGUGUUUUUGCGGAGCGACCAUUUUCAGAUUGUCAAAGGAAGACUUCCCUUCAAUUGAGCGGAAGGUCGGGGCGUUGGGAGAGCUUGAAGGAAUUGCACUCUGCUGGGGGCGGAUCCAAAAUUCCUCCACAGGAGUCGCUCACGGUGGCCUGCGCUUUGCUUGCGCGAUGGGCCCGGGAGGUGGCAAAGUUCCACAAGUCUCCCGCACAGCGUCCGAGUGUUUGGGGCCCUAGGGGCCCUGGGGGCCCUGGGGUCCCUGAGCCGAAAGCAAGAACGGCCAGGGCGGGGGAGACGGAUAAGCCGAAGAAGCACGAGUUCUAUUCAUCUGAACCGGCAGAAGAUACCUCACCUUGA